AUGUUCGAGGAAUUCAAGAAGGCAAUAACUGAAGAAUUCGAGAUGGUAGACAUCGGGCUAUCAGCAUACUAUCUCGGAGUGGAAGUAAAGCAACUCAAACAUGGAGUUUUCAUCACACAAGAACUACGCAAAGGAGAUCCUGAAGAAGUUCAAAAUGGAGGAUUGCAACCCAAUCAACACAUCGGUGGAAUGCGGGAUCAAGCUGUCGGAUAUAUUUUACGCUACAGGGCUCGUAAGUCGCUACAUGGAGAAUCCAACCAUCACCCACUUCAAGGCAGCGAAGAUAAUACCGCGAUGUCUCAAAGGCUUGUUGGCUACAACGAUAGUGAUUGGGCUGGAAACACUGAUGACCGUAAUAGUACAAGUGAAUAUGUGUUCUACAUAGAAGACAAUGCUUUCAUUUGGAUGUCUAGCAACCCAUUGUCACUUUAUCAACCUGUGAAGCCAAAUAUGUGA